AAUGAACACUCGUUUCCACAAAAUUUUAUUUUUCCCGAAAAUCCCGAUAGGUCCUCAUCUCUUAUUACCUGUACCAAUUUCGUUUUUUUCUUUUUUCUUUUUCCUUUUUUUCUUUUUUCCUUUUCCUUUUUUUCGAAGAUACCCAUUUCAAAAUUAGCUUCGGACACGGCGUGUAAAAAGUUAGAGAGAGGAGAGAGAAAGUGUUGCAGGGUCCAUACGAGAGGAGGGAGAAGAGAACCCCACGAUCUGAGAGAAACCCACUUGUUUUUGUCCUUUAUUUUUUAAUUUUCUUUUUUCAAUCAGCCCAUAAGCGCCAAUAAUCAUGCCAUCAGGUGCUAAGAAGCGAAAGGCUGCCAAGAAAAAGAAGGAAUUGGAAGCCAACAACAAUGGCAAUCCUUCUAACAACCCUCAAGAGCAUGAUGAUGCCAAAUCCCAAGAUGAGAAGGGAAGUGAUGGGGGUGAGGUCAGUUCCCCUGCACAUGAGGACCACCAUAACAAUAAUGACAAUCCUUUUAAUGAGGGAAAUGAGGUGAGACACCCAUCAGCUGCUCGCUCUGUUGUCGUCGAGGAUAAUAAGUCCAUGGAGAAAGUUCCUAGUGGUGUUGUGGAGGAGGAAGGGAAACUAGGAGGUCAGGAUGGUGAUGAUGUCGCUAAGGUCGAGAGGGGGGGUUCGAAAUCUGAGGGGGAUUCUGAGAGAAGCAUUAGUAUUGAAGGCUUUGAGUUUUCAAAGAUAUCGAAUGAUGGGGAUGAUAAAAGCUCUAGUAGCAGCAGUAGUUCUAGCUCGGAUGAUGAGUCUCAAGCUGUUGAGAAGAAAGAGAAUAAAUCUGAAGCAACUAAGAUUACCAAGAGCGAAUCUUCUGGGGAUGCUAAUUUAGUUGAGAAAGUGUCCUCCAUCAUCGAAUCAGUUACGCCAGUGGUUCCAGUAUUGGAGGAGACAUUGAGUGUCGUAGAAAAUGCUAUAGUUGAUAAUUCGUUGGUUUCUGAGGUGGUUAAGUUGGACACUGGUAGAGAGAAAUUGGCUAACAAGGUUUCAGAAACAGUUACCAGUUUUUCUCCGGAGAAAUAUGAGGACAAGAUAUUUUCCUUAUUGGAUCAGUAUACAAAGCCGUCCCCCAGUGAAUUGGAAAGUGACCUGAAAGUUGAUGAGGACAAAGAAUUGCCACCAUCACAAGAUGCUCGUGUUGCUGAAACUACUACUGGCACUGAAUACAACAAAAAUUCUGAGAAAGAGCCUCUGGUCGCUCCAGCCCCAGCUUUACACCCAGUGCAACGAACCUCCUGGUUGAGUUGCUGUGGAAUUUUGGAUUUGCUAUCUGGAUCCAGUAGAUAAGAUCAGCGUACCGCCAUAUCCUUUCUCGUAGCCAAAUAUGGUAUGCCAUCCUGUAUACAUGCUUGCGCGCUCAUGUAGAUCCAUUCGCACAUAUAUGCAUCCAAUCAUUGGUGAACUUCUCUUCCAUUUUAAUAUUUCGGUCAAAGUCCUUACACUUUUUUUCAUUUUAACGGCUUUUAUGUUGGAUUUCUUGAGGCUGGAUUUGUUCUGAUUGAAUCCUGAAUUGCUGUUGGCACAUGGUUCCCCUCAUCAUGUUGAGUUUUUCUUUGAAGUUUGUUCUGAUUUAAACUAAAUGAUUUUUUGACCGAAUAGUUUCAUGAUCUGCAUGACAUAAGGAAUUUGUUAAUUUCUGCAUCGAUUAUUUUUUUGGCCAGUGUACGACGGCAACUUGAAAUUCUCACUGCUAAACUACAUCCACAUGGUUUCACAUUACGUAUUUCUAAUUUUGCAUUAUUAUGUCAGACAAUUUCAUUGCCUGGAAAGAAGAAAAAUUUUGUGAUCUAAUCUUAUCAUGCUUCGGAUUAAAUUUGC